AUGGCGCGCUCUCUACUUCUUCUUGCCCUAAGUCUGGGUGCCACUGCAAUGCCUGCUUCGUCCGGUAUGAGCAACAUCAAAAAUAUUGUGGUCUUGGUGCAGGAAAAUUUGUCUUUUGACCACUUCGCUGGUGGUCUUGACUAUGAUUCCAGCAUUGAUGGCCCACAGAAUCCUCAAUAUUGUAAUCCGGCCAAUGUUUCCUCCCCGUCCGAGCAAGUUUGUGCCAACCCUAAUGCGAAGAAUAUCGCAUCGGACGACCCCAAUCACAGCAUUGCGGGUGGUAACAUGCAGGUUUUUGGCACCUACCACCCCCUUGUAGGAGCCGAGUCCUCCAUGGAUGGUUUCAUCAGUGAGCAACGUGCCUCUUACCCAAAGGAUGACCUAAACCGGGCAGCCGAGGCGAUCAAUUACUUCAGCCCAGACCAUAUCCCCGUCUUCAAUACUAUGGCUCAGAAUUUUGUCUUGUUUGAUCGCUGGUUUGCUGCUGUCCCGGGUCCUACCAACCCCAACCGUGCCUACUUGACCUCUGGCACUUCCCAUGGCCAUGGCCACAAUGACGACGACUUUCUCAACUCGGCACUGCCACAAAAAUCCAUUUUUGAGCAGCUAUCAGAAAAGGAAAUCACUUGGAAGAAUUAUGAGAAUUCGACACAGUCCAAACCCUCAUUUUUGCCCGAUGCCAUGUUCUAUGAUUGGACCGCGAAGAAUGGCAAGGACAAUGUCCUUCCCAUUUCCCACUGGAGCGCUGCCACAAUUUACUUGGAUCAACCCCGAGUGCUGCUCCUAUAUGUCAAUGCAUCCCCCUCCCCAAUCAAUAUGGGCGAGAACUUCGUCAAGAGCAUCUACGAGGCCGUCCGCAAUUCGCCGCAGUGGAAUGAGACCCUCUUUAUUCUGACCUGGGAUGAGCAUGGUGGUUUUGCUGAUCAUGUUUCACCUCCCGCUGACGUUCCCGCUGGCGACAGUCUGACCUAUACGGAGACUGCUCGGGAUGGUGAACAAUACACUUUCCACUUUGAUCGCCUCGGAAUUCGGGUUCCUACUCUCUUGAUCUCCCCGUGGGUUUCCAAGGGCCUGGUCCAACAUAAGCCUAGUGAGGGGAACGAGUUCACGCAUACUUCUAUCCUCAAAUUUGUCUCUGAGCUUUGGGGAUUAGAUAGUCUAUCCCCGCGCGUGGACUGGUCGCCUUCCUUUGGGAACCUGAUCACAAACAAGUUCAGAAGCGAUACUCCCGAGAAGUUGCCAGAUGCAGCAGACUUUUAG